GCUCAAGGGGUCGGCGCGGUCCGCCCACCAAACGAAGUAGAGGCGCUCAUGGCGAUGCCAUACAGCACCUUUGGGCCAGACGCAAAGCGAGAUGAGAAGCCCACGGGGCAAGUCUUCAUGCCCGGCAAGAGGAAGCGCUUCAAUGCGCUGGCCAUCGCAUUGAAUUUGCUGGUGCCCACCUGUGCCUUUGCCUUCAUCUCCUGGGCCUUGGCGUUCGAGCUCCACUACGACCGGCCCAAGUUGGCCUGGGGCAGCGUGGUGAUGGGUCUGGCUGUGGCCAUGUUCUCGUACCUCAUGGGCAGGUGCAGUCGACACCUGGAUGGGCCGCCCAUGUGGUACUCCUUCUUUGCCGCCAGCUUGACCUUUGCGACCCUCUUGGGGGCCUUUGUGGGGGACUACCUCUAUGCGGGCAUGAUGGAGGCAUCCUUCGAUUUUCAGAAUCUCGGCAGCUACCCUGCAGUGGACCCAUCACGACAGAAGGGGCAGCAGCUGAUGGACGCGGGCAGGGUGUACUUCGCCUCUGGCAGCAAGCUGGACCUAGCCAAGUCCAUGAGCUUCCAAAACUUCGAGGAGUACUGCGUGGUGCCCAUCGUGAAGGGAGACGAUGAGCUUGCGUCCUACGACUUUUGGGCCGUGGGGGUCAACUGCUGCGACCAGCGCGACGGCGUCUUCCGCUGCGGCGAGUUCAGCAACACGCACGCCCGCUCGGGGCUGCGAUACAUGGAGGAGGGCAACCGCCAGUACUUCCGCCUGGCCGUGCAGCAAGCAGAAGCCGCUUUCGGCAUCAAGGCGAACCACCCCUUGUUCUUCACCUGGACCCAGGACCCCCUUGCCUUGGUCACUGCCAAGGUGGACACUGCUUGGCGGCUCUAUGGGGUUGGGGUGGGGGUCCACUUCUUCACGAACCUCUUCGUGGUGAUCGUGGCGCUCAUGGGCUUCUCUCGCCUCGGCCAUUUCUAGGCUCUUCACUCUGCGACCUGUGAGCAGGUCGCCUCGGGAUGGCGGAAAAAGCCGUGCAG